UCCUACCACCGCCGCUUCUUCCUCUUCUUCUCCCUUUUCCAGCUACCCAAACGCCGACUAAACAGCCCACCAGAAAAUCCCGCAGGGAUCACCAUUUCAUGCAUCGUCUCGCCCACUUCUCGUCUUUUUAUGCUUCCGCAGUUCCGCGAGAUCAAUUGGGUAAGAAUUGAUGGGAAACCGAAAUGGAGAGUUUGGUAGUGGCGAAGCAGAGGACCAAGGGUUUGGUGGUCUAGAAAAAUGGAUCCUCGUCGGCGGCGGCGGUGGGGAUUUCCAUUGCGUCCACUUCGUGGUUUGCUACUACGACGAAAAUGCAGCGGAUGAUAGAGUUCCACCUGGCGAGGAAGCACUACAACGGAUCGGGGACGUGUCUGGAUUCCGCAAUCGCCUUGCCCCGUCGCCACUUCAUCGCGCUACAAAAGACGUUGUCGUUGUCCACGGUGCACAGAUCCAACCGAAUCGGUCGAUUGCCAAAUCCAACAAGAACAAGCUCGAUGGAUGGAAGGAUUUCUUCAUCAGCUACCUUAUUGCCACGGUUUCUAGCUUUGUGAAGAACUGGAGUAAGAUUUGACAGUAGCGUUGUCUUCGGCGGUAGAGGAAGAAGAGGCUUUCCCUUUCUGAACGCUGAAAACCCAUCAAUCGUCUUCUAUAUGAAGAUCGGCGGCAGAGGAGUUGGGGAACCAUCAAUUGGAAGAAUGAUUAAGAUGGGUUUCAAUAAUUUUUUUUUGUAUUUUAUGAUAGGAAAUUAAAAGAAUUAACAUUUUUAAUA